AUGUUACGAAGAUUGUUUCUAGGCCAGCCUCGGCGAGAUGAGAUUAAGGAUGGCAAGAAAGAAAUAUGCGAGGGAGAAAAACGGUAACUUGCAUUUUGAAUGCUUCGAUUCUUUCUUUCAACUAUCUGCAUAUGAUCAUGUUUUGUUUAUAGUAACUGAAAAAACACGUUUAUGUAAUUAUAGCACUCCCAUUGCAUUCAUGAAGGAAUCAACUGCAAACAAUUUGGAAGAGAAACAUGAGGCAAAAGAUGAUAUAUUCGACAGGUUACUCUGCUCACUUGAUGCUAUUUUGUAUAAUAUUUAAGCAUGUUUUAUUUAACAAUUAUUUACCGAAGUGGAGAAUAGUGAUGUUUUAACAUAUACCAUAACAAAACAAAACAAAAAACAGAGGGAGGAGCCAAAGUCAUGCACCUGACCUUACCAGGUGCCCUAGAUAAAAUAUCAGCGAUCCGCUAUUACUUCCGGGCACCUGACUAUGACCGCAACCCGCGUUUACUGUUCGCUCCAUUUAUAACUUACUUAACAUUCACCUUCUUAUCUAACAAAACAAGAAAAACAGAGAUAGAAGCCGAAGUCAUGCACCUGACCUUACCAGGUGCCCUAGAUAAAAUAUCAGCGAUCCGCUAUUACUUCCCGGUACUUGACUAUGACCGCAACCCGCAGUACUGUUCGCUCCAUUCAUAACUUACUUAACAUUCACCUUAUCAUCUGGUGUGGACGCGGACACCAUACUGUAGCAAUGUUGCUUCUGCACUAAAGCGCAGUCGAGCUAAUGACCAAAAAACAACGAAAAUAAUAUUUUAAAUUUAAAACUGUUUAUAUAUUCAGUUCUCGUAAUAAAUAGUUGUAAACAAAACAACAUUUACCCUCUUUUAUAGUAACAUUGUUCAUUAGAAAUAGCUUUAAAGAGAACAAAAACUUUAUAACUUUCUUCGUGUUUGGCGAAACCGCAGCUUCAUUUAGUACAAAAAUUUGCUCAUCUGUAACCGGAACGAAACGGGAAGCCAUUUUGUUUUUGUUUGGAGAUGAAUUGAGAAAGGAUAUCCAGAGCUGAGCGACCAAUCAAAAUGCAUGAAAAGCACUAUCCAUAUCCCGAGCAUCUUUCUCCAUGCAGUGUUAUACUACAAUCAAAAAGUCAACUGAACUUAAGGCUAUGUUGCACGGGACAAUUUUUGCUGCAACUUGCAUGCAAUGCAAAUACCUGAGGGAGGCCUGCGGUGAAGGAAUAGAAGCCCACUGCUAGCUACUUUGUGAAACUUGUAAUAUAUUAACCUAUUACAGGAAAAUACAGAACACAACAACGACAACAAUGGCGUUUAACUUGACACAAAAACACGACUGCGGACAAACAUGACAGCUACGAAGUAGAACUGACGUAAGAAAUGAAAUAUUUUCUGUUCAUGCAUGUGGAAUGUACUCAGAAUGUCCACAUCAACACUGUAAAAACGUCAUUUUCAAUAUUUCAGUGAUUCAGAGACAGACAGCAGUGAGACAGAGGAUAGCGAUGCAGAAACUCUGGACAACUCCUCCAGGACUGGCAGUUACGAAGAUUGUUCUGGGGAUGUCUUGGGGUGGAAGGGAUUUGAAAUGGUGAGAGAUACACAACGUGGCCAGAUCGGUUCAAGUAAAAGCAACGGAGGUACUCUUGGUAAGGUGGAGGACAUCAUACUUUAA